AUGAAUUCAAAACUGGUCAAUUUGGAUCGUGUACCGGCUUAUUGUGCUCAUGUUAAUGUAAAUGGUAUUCAACGAACAAAAGAAGAUUAUAUUCGUCAACAAAUUACAACUAUAUUUUCAUCAAAUACAUUCGAAUCAUUACUUCUUAAUGUUGAACAAUUACGUACAAGACUUUUACAAAUGGGAUGUUUUCGUGACGUUGCAGUUAUUAUUGAUAAAGCUCAGGAUUCAAAAGUCGAGAAUAGUUAUGAUAUAACAUAUAUAACUGAAGAACAUCGACCAAUAUCUGGAGGAAUGAACACAGCUGUUGGACAAAAUGAAGGUUCAGUUUGUACUAAUUUCUCCUUACCAAAUCUAUUUGGUCGUGGUGAAAAAUUAGGUGUUGAUUAUUCAUAUAGUAAUCGUGGUAAUACUGAAGGACGAAUAUUUUAUUCAAUGCCAACAAAACUUGAUCCAAAUAAACAAUUUUCAAUAUCUUUAUUUCGAAGUUAUUUUGAUAAUACAUGGAGUUCUUUUAAACAAGAUGACCACGGAAUAAAUAUAUCUUAUAAUAUUCCUCUUGGUAUUGUGCCUAAUGCUGUCCAUAGUUUUACUUGGGAAGGUGUUUGGCGUUCAGUCUUAGCUGCAAGUUCAGCAACAUCUCUUGAUGUACGAAAAGAUGCUGGUCAUACAUUAAAAUCAUCAUUAAAAUAUACAGCUACAAUUGAUAAUCGAGAUCAUCCAGUAAUAGCACAACGCGGAUCUUUCUCUCAAAGUUCACUUGAAUUAGCUGGUCUUGGAGGUGAUAGUCAAUUUGUUAAAUGGUCAACACAACAUCAAAUUAAUUUACCAUUACCAUUAAAAUCGAUUUUUCAAUGGUGUUUUUCAGCUGGUGCCAUUUGGCCUCUUUUACAAAGAGGAAAUCAAACGAUUAAAAUAAAUGAUCGAUUUUUUCUUGGUGGACCUUUAAAUGUUCGAGGUUUUGAUUAUCAUGGAGCGGGACCACAUAGUGAAGGAGCAGCGUUAGGUGGUGAUUGUUAUUGGGCAACGGGUCUUCAUCUUUAUUCACCUCUUCCAUUUCUUUAUCAUCGUGAAAAUUUAAUGUCUUAUGUUCGUCUUCAUUAUUUUCUUAAUGCUGGAAACGUAUUUAAUACUCAAUCUGUUCGCUCAGCACAAGCAUUAUUGUCUCAAUUAACUAAUGCAACUCGAUUAUCAUGUGGUCUUGGUGUUGUAUUGAAUUUAAUGAAUGUAGCUCGCCUUGAACUGAACUAUACCCUUCCAUUAUGGACACAAGCACAUGAUCGAGUGAUCAAAGGUUUUCAAUUCGGUGUGGGAUUUACGUUCAUUUAA